CAUGCCAUUAGAAAGAGGAUCAUGAAAAACCUAUAAAAAAAUGGUUCAUGAAAUUUUAGUUCACUCAUAAAGCUAAAGUCCGCCUGCUCUAGCAAAAAAUGCCCACUGUGUGGUGUCUUAAUCGCCUAUAUUUUCAUAUUAUUAUCUAAUCUUGCUACAAACACCCAAACACGAGAGUAGAACUGAAUUAUUCUUUAAACAUAUUUAAAAUACAGAAAUUUAGUGAAUAAAUGUCAUUUUUAUGUAGAGGAGUAAUUAAUUCUUUUUUAAUUUAUCAUUAUUAUAGUAUAUUCAGUGCAUUAGCAAUCAUUAGCAAUAGACACACAGCAACUUGGAUUGCUUAUGUCAAAAUGGCGAUUGUCAUAUUAGAAUUUAUUGAAGGAACUGUCCAUGCAUUUUUUAUUCUUAUUGCUUUACGUAAACGUUUAAAUCGAACGAAUAAGAAAAAAUAUCCUGCACGUGAAAUAAUUACAUUAUUAAUAAUGAUUGAUUUAAGUUUAUGGUUUGAAGCAACAACAACAACGACAAAACAUGAGGCAAAUCCAUUUCAACUGGACUUUUAUCACAUCAUACCGUGGUCAAUUAUUGCUGCGAUUGCCACACCAUUGCAAAUAUUUUUUCGUUUUCAUUCAUCUGUAUGCUUAUCUCACGUCUGGGAAAAUAUGUACAAGACAAGCGAUGAAUCCAUCGAUCAUCAUUGA